CCUAGUGCCUAUUUAUAUAUGAUUAUGUUGUUGAUUUUUUCUCGUUCACAUUGAAAAAAGAAAGGAAAAUGAAAAUUAUAAAAAUUCUUCAUCUCCGCAAAUUAGCAAAUUUGGUUCUUUUUCCUUUGAAUUGUUAUGGUAAAAUGUCAUCCAUUAAUGAAUCUGAAUAUAGAAAAUCAGCCAUGACUUAGAAUGGAAUUUCAAAAUCAUAUCAGUCUCACAUUUAACUUGACACCCACUUGUGCUUUUAGUUUGGAAAGAGCCCAAAAAUGAAAAAACAAAAAGAAGAGAUGUUUUGCUUCUUUGUUAUGUCAUCUUCUUUAUCAAAGUUUGUUUUGCAAUGCUUUAUUUUUGAAAUAUUCUCAGAUUUUAUCACUCUGUCGCUCUUUUUUUUCUUUCCUUCAAUGACAGCUAAAUCGAUCGGGGAGGAAAAACCAUUCUUAUUAGGGAUGGUGGAUGGAAGCACCAAUUUACCAGUCAACGUUUCAUGCUUUGAGUUGAUUAAGCCAAGCUGUGACGAGACAAACCAGCAUUGUUCUCUUGAUGUCUUGCCUAUUCUAAUAGAGGAAACUUCAUUUCCAGUAAGAGAAAAAUGCAGCUUAAACACUUUACAUGGCCAGGAUGUCUAUAGCAUUUCUUUGUUGCCUGAGGAAGGAAACACGAGUCCAAAAUGUACACCACAGUUAACUUUUUUGAGCCUCUUAGAUGUUCCUUUUUCAUCAAAAAACCAUAUGUGUCUAGAUGCGCAAUUGAGUUGCCAGAACUACAUCGAUUUGAAAGUGGAUAGUGAAGAUGCUUAUUCAUCUUGCAUUCUGGAUACAAACAUUGAGAAAGAGACUCCUGACAUACUUAAAUCCAGUGAUGAAACUGUUGGCAAUUCAAAAAGUGAAGGCGUAGUUACACAUUUGCAGAAGGUGUUACAAAGGCAAGCAAGCUCAAAUGUAGACAAAUCAUCAACUGAGAGAGUUCACGAUGCACCAACAAACAGAUGGAGAAGAUAUAAACGAGUUGCAUCAUUUGAUUCAAGGAAGAUAGUCCUCCUUUUCUCAAUCUUUGGAGGAGUCAGUUGUCUAGUCCAAGCGCCAAUCAUGAGAGCAACCACUAAGAACCAUCAGUUUGAGCUAUAGUCUUUUUUUUUUUUUUGUUCUCUCAAGGAAUAAGAUAGCCAAGCAUCAUGCAUCUAGUAACUAAAUUUAUGAUUCAUCUAAAAAAUUGGUGAAAUGUUUGAAUGAACACCAUGCAUUGCCUAUCCAUCAUAUAAAGCACAAAUGCCAUGCCACCUGUCGUAACCUGAUAGAGUCUAAUAUCCCUACAUUGAAAUGGUUUGGCACAUUUCUUGUUGGCUUGCUGGCACUAUUGCACAUGGUAAACGAAAGCAAUCACAAGUUUCCUAGUACUAACAAUUAAUCAGAUUUGCACUUUUGGUUCUUUCUUUUUCUUCUGUCUCUUUCAAUCAUGGACUCAUUGUUUCUUCUUUGGUUCAGGUCAAGUGUGGGGACAUUGAUAUUGAUUUAUCUGACGCUGAGAGUUAGACAAACUAUUGAUGGGUUUAAUCAUGUCUAGUACCUCCACUUUCAUCUCCCUCUAAUUUAUGCUUGAACUUGUUUUUCUUGAAAUUUCUUGACAACUAUUGUGUCUUGAGAACAGCUGCUUUAAGUUCAGCUUUUUAAUGUCAAUAUAUUUGUUUUCAUUUUUCGAGUUUCCACUGUAAAUGUGACUAGUGAUUUGAGUUUACGAUACAUCGGAAAAGUGUGCUUUAACUUGUGCUGAGAAUGUAGCAAUUGACUAGUGUAAGGAACAGUUAAGAGGUUCAUUAAGACAAAAACCUAGGAGGGAAAUUUGGGUUAAAAGGGUAAGAGUUUACUAAAUUCUUGUUGUGUCUUGUUCAUAAACCAAAAGUCUCCCAGAAAACUUGAUUAUGAACUGAUAGGUUGCCUAGCGCGUCUAGUUGGUAAUUGAGUAAAAGCUAUAAGGGCUGAUGUUAUUGUCCAUUUGGCAUGUUUUUGGGGAGGUUGUUUAAGAUAGUUACCUUGACAUAGAAACAAACUUCAAAAUUGUAAUGGUAAUAAUAACAUGAAAAUUGAUCUAAUGACUAAUGACAUAUUGAUAGAUUGUAAGAUUUUUCGUAGUGCAAGUAUUUUUAGU